AUGGUUGAUGUGCAAACUGAGCCACCCACCCUGUUAGCAUCCUCAAAAACUAAAUCUUAUUCCUUAAAGGAUUCGUUUCAAGAUGCCUUCAUCAAAAACUUCAUAUGUGUUGCUCUAGGAAUCAUCAUCAAUCAUAUUAACGGAGUGUUUGUGUACACUUUCUGCAAGAAUGCAGUGUUCUAUGGCAAUUCUCGAUAUAUUCUGUACAUUCACCUGGUCACCAAUGAUAUGGUCAUGCUGUCUAUUACAGUUGGACUACACGUUGUCAGUUAUGCAGUACCAUUUGUGCAAGUGUCACUCUGUUGCUUUCUGUUACUCCUCAGCCAUAUGACAGCUAAAAACACUCCAUUAAACCUGGCUGGUAUGGCCAUAGAACGUUACAUUGCAGUCUGCAAACCACUGCACCAUCCCCAGAUCUGCACAGUGAAAAGGACAUACAUACUCAUCUGCCUGAUUUGGAUGGCUUCCACCAUCCCAGCACUGGCUGAUGUUUUCAUCAUUAUAGCUCUUAAACCAUUAACUUUUUUUAACGGUAACACUUUCUGCAUAUCAUGGGUUAUUUUUGGUACCCAGCAACACAGGGACAGAGCCACUGCUGUAGAGAUUAUUUUCAUGCUCUUUGUGUGGUUAACCUUGUUCUAUAGCUAUUUUAUGAUUCUUCAUAUUGCCAAAAAUGCAUCCACAGAUCAAGCGUCUGCUAAAAAAGCUCAGAACACAAUAUUAUUACAUGGUGCUCAGCUUCUCUUUUCUAUGCUCUCCUAUAUCACUCCUUUCAUUGAUAUGUAUUUGGUCCCACUUUUCCCUAAGAGUAGAUCAAAAAUUUUGUUCACAACAUUUUUGUUGUCACAUAUUCUACCAAGAUUACUUAGCCCACUGAUAUACGGGAUCAGAGAUCAACAAUUUGUCAAGUAUAUUAAAAGCUAUUUUUCAUCCUUGCAACGGAUCCAGGACGGCCUUGCCCUACAGAGCAAUGGUGACUGCAAAUUUUCCUUCGAUAAAAGCGAUGAGCGCAGUGACGAAGAACAUUGCCAUUUUGAGCUUCGACUCGAUCCCACCAAGGAUGCUUGUGAUGAGUAA